UAGGGGAGUACCUUUAAGUAGUUGGAAAUGGUACUGUAGGGGAGUCCCUUUAAGUAGUUGGAAACGGUACUGUAGGUGAGUCCCUUUAAGUAGCUGUAAACGGUACUGUAGGGGAGUCGCUUUAAGUAGUUGAAAACGGUAUUCACGUAGGUGAGUCCCUUUAAGUAGUUGAAAACGGUAUUCACGCAGGUGAGUCCCUUUAAGUAGGGUGUUUGUCACACUUGUUUGCUGACAUUCUCGGUUAUUUUUUGUAUCUCGGUUUCCAUUUAUUUUUUUUACUUUACUUGCAUUUGAUAAAUGCAGCAGUGUCACAGACAUGUCCUCAUUUGUCAAAGAUGUUUUUAUUGCGGUUCUUGCCUGCCUUGGAUCAUGCUUUAAUCUUCUUCAUAAAAUAAUAACAUUUUGUGUUUUCUUAUUUAUAUGUUAAAAAAGAAGUUGUGUGACGUGCAUUCAAAUAUUGGAAUAUCUCGCUGCUGCAACUGUUCUUGUUCCGAAAUGAAACGGAGGUUUCUACGCAGACGUUCUUUGCUUCUACUGUUGAUCGUGUGCAUUCUUGUUUACAUGUCUGGGAAAUUAUUCGUCGUAAAUGCUGGAUCUGAGGACUUGAAUUUGUAUUUCAAUUUGCACGAGUUUACGGACAAUGUUCACAACGCCUUGAAGUUGCCAUUUACUAAAAGAACUUCGAAACGAUUUGUUCGAGAUGUAAACUGCGCCGCCAUCUUGAACGGGGACAAGUCAGAAAUCAACAAAGCGAAAGAAUUGACGAAGACUGGAAAUUAUUCGCGAAAACUGAUUACAGACAAAGAAUAUAUUCAGCUUACAGCAAAUUGUGACAGUUUUAAAAGAACAAGAAGCUACGAUAAUUAUUUUGCAUCGAGGGAAGAGGUUGAAUUUCCUAUCGCUUAUAGUAUUUUGCUUUAUAAAGACGUUGAACAGGCUGAGAGAUUACUACGCGCCAUUUAUACACCGCAGAACUACUUUUGUUUGCACGUUGAUGCAGAUUCGAAACAAGAAGUACAUGAUGCCGUUCAGGGAAUUGCAAAUUGUUUUGAUAACGUUUUUGUUGUUUCUAGAAAAGAAUACAUGGUUUACGCGGGUUUCACGCGGUUACAAGCAGACUUGAAUUGUAUGGAGAAUUUGCUACAACGUGGAAAAGAUUGGAAAUACUUUAUAAAUUUGCCAAGUCAGGAAUAUCCAUUGAAAACGAACAAAGAAAUUGUAAAAAUACUGAGAAUUUAUAAUGGAGCAAACGAUAUUGAAGGUUUGACCGGCAAUCGGAGGUUGGAAUAUAGAUAUAAACAUCGGUUUGUUUUUAAACAUGUUAAUGAUAAGGCCAAACCAAAAGUAAUGAAAUCUAGUCAGCAAAAAGACGAUCCGCCUUACAAUAUCACAGUUGUAAAAGGUAGCGCUUAUGGCGUUUUCAGUCGAGACUUUGUGCAUUUUGUAAUAAAUAAUAAAAUAGCACGAGAAUUAUUGGACUGGUUUAGGGAUGUUCUCAGUCCCGAUGAGUAUUACUGGGCGACCUUGAACUUCAACCAUCACAUUGGAACACCAGGCUCAUUUUACAAAGGCAAGCCUGAUGAUAAACCAUGGCUGGCAGUGUUUGCAGCAUGGGGUGGGGAAAACCCUUGUCACGGAAAAUUCGUGCGUGGAGUAUGUGUGUUUGGGGUCGGUGACUUAAAGGCCCUCAGUAGUAAACACCAUCUGUUUGCAAAUAAAUUCUACAUAGAUUACCAACGGUAUGCUUUAGACUGUAUGGAAGAAUGGCACUACAAUAAAACUGCAGAAGGAGAUUUAAAAUCUUUAAACAUUUCAUAUUAUGAAUCACUUCCGUUUAUAAAGAGAGAUAAAGGGAGAUAACACAAACUGAAAAUAAUCAUCAAAAGAAAUAGUGAAAGAAGACAGCUGCUGUAAAUCGAAAGCAUAUGACUUACAUCAGUGGACAGUCCAUUUACGGUCGCGAGUACGUGUGAAUCUUUGUAAUUCAUCAAUCUAUAUGUGGCCAAAUAUUCCUAUAUGUUCGAGGACUAAAGGGGAACUGUGCAAUUCCAGGUUGUUGUGUAUGAAAGGAAAUAUCGUAUUUUUUUGACUUUCUCAGUUGAGCGAACGAUCUUAUGAAUAGAUGCAAUUUUGCAGUAAUGUUGUGAUUUUAAUAAAUAGAUUUCGAUUUUUAUCUAGAAAUUGAUCUCUGGAAAUAUUCUACACGUCUUUCAUAACUGUUUACAAUAAACAACAUGUAUUAUGCUCAUCUGCCAAUAUCUGCUGAUUAUAGAAGUACUACAAAUGAGAAGUGCUGAAUGUGAUUAAAUAUUGCUGAAGCAUAUUCAGGUGAAAUGUUUAUGAUAUGUUGACAUUAUCAAAGUUUAAUUGGUUGAGAUUUUAUGACAGUUUCAACGGAUCAGUCCUGUUAAACCUGUUUUGUAUGUACUUUUUUGUCCUCCUAUAUUAUCAAUUUAUUAAAGUUCCACAAGGCUUAAAAUUUUAUGUUAAAAACAUGUAAAGCAAUUGUCCAAAUAGAUGUUAUGCAUACUUAGAUGGCUAGAAAAGCAGUUAUCUUGAUAUUGCACAUGAAGGUUUACUGUUAGAAUUAUAAAGGGAGGUAAUCAAAACAAUUGGUUGAGUAAUACUUUCUACAAGUUUAACCCAUAUUCAGAUCUUGGACAGUUAUUUAAGGAAACAAUCAUUGAAAAUAAGAUUUAAAAGUAAAUUGUUUACAACACAAAAAUGUGGCAGCCACAUUAUAAUCAAAUGCAUUUUGAGUCUUUAAUCUAUGUGCACCCCACUAGAAUAUAAUUUCUAAUGGUAAUGCAUAUAGUAAACGAUAAAACAUUA